AUGUCUGAUAUGAAACAAGUGAAAGUGGAUAAUUGGGGAAUAUAUUUCCUUCAAAGACUGAAGCAUUUCUUUAACCGCACAGAUUAUUGUGAUCUAACACUACAGUUCCAAGAUAAUGCUCAACUCAAGGUGCAUAGACUCGUACUUAAUGCAUGCACUGAAUACUUCGAGCUGCUUGAAAGAACAUGCGAGAUGUACGAGGAUUGUUUGGUUAUGCCGGAUGACUUGCAAGCUGAUGUCGUCGUACCCAUAGUCAACUUCAUGUACACCGGCCAGCUCGGUUUCAAGCCAGAGUUGUUGGAAAGGCUUUAUCAAACAGCACAAGUAAUGAAUAUGCCAGUCUUGACUAAACUACUAGAUGCUCACAGAAACCAAAUGCAACGAACAGGUCAAGAUUAUCAAAAUCUAAGAUCAUAUUCAAAAUCAUUUGAAUCCCCCAAACCAUCAAAGCCACCAGCUGUGGCCUCAACUAGUUAUAUGAGCACAAAACGCUCAUACAGUAAAGCUUUUGAUAAUACAUUUCCUGCAAAAGUGAAGAAGCAAACUGUUGAAAAGAAUUCACACAAGCAUGAUCACAAUUUGUCAAAUAAUGAAAUUUCACAAAAAGAAGCCACUGAAUAUUCUGCUAAGAAAAAACCUUCAGUUGCUGAAUCACGACCAACAAGGUAUGAACUACCAGAAGAAUUAGAUGGUGACAAUAUCUUUGACAACUCAUUUACAAGUAUAUCAUAUGAGUCAACACCAUUGAUGGUGCAUCCUGAGACUGUGAAGCGUUAUUCUUCAAAAAAAACUAACAUUUUUGAUGAGACUUCUAGUUCUAAAAGAUUGCUUCAUGGCACAUCCACAUUAGACAUUGUUGAAUGUAAAAAACUUUCAUCAAAUGAAAACAUUUUUGAUGAUGUCUCUGAAAAUAUUCAAGAUGAUGCAUUCUCUUCAGAUGUUUCUACAAAACAACAAAAAGACUCAAAUCAACUUUUUGAUCUAAUAUUGGAUAAUGAUAAUUCAAAAACAACAAUAGAAAUUAAGGAUAAUGAAACAUCUAAGAAGCCAAAAAUAGAUCAUGCAAAAAUAAUAAGUGAUGUCCUCAAAAAGUAUCCACAUUUGGUAAAGAGUAACAAAAAUAUAAAGUUGAGGGUAUUGGAUGCUCCAAUUAAAUCUAAAAAAUCCAAAUCUACAAAUUUUUACCAUGAUGAAAAAGAUGUAAAGUCAAAAAAUGAACAAGAUUGGACACUUGAUAUUGAUGUGCUCGAUUCAAAAGGAGCGGCAAAGCUCAUAGCAAUGGGGGUUGACAAUAUCAAGGGCCCAUGGAUAUGUCUCAUCUGCGGCACACCUGGACGAGCCUUACAUUUCGGCUCCUAUUAUAAAUUCCGAAGACAUUUAGUAGAAGUUCACAAUGAAAAACCAGUUGUAACUAUGUGUGAAUAUUGUGGAUUGAAGUCACAUAAAAGAAAUUACCUUUUGCAUCAUCUAUACACUAAGCAUGGUGUGCCACCUCCAUCACCUUAUUAUUUCCCGAAGUGUAAUCAGUGUCCUUACAUCGCUUUGUCUGAAGCAUUACUCGUAAAGCACAAAUCAACACAACAUGAUGAUAGCAAAACCUUUGCUUGUAAUGUUUGUGCUGCUACAUUCAGUUCCUCAACAAGGCUGCUCACGCAUAUUCAUAUGACGGGACACAAGUACAGUGCCGAGAGAAGAACUAUAUUGCAUUGUAUUUACUGUUAUAAAACAUUUUCCCGAGAAACUAAUCUCUACAGCCAUUUGAAAUAUAACCAUAAAGAAUCAGCACAAACUGAUAAGAUAAUUGAGGAGUCUGAUGAUGAAAAAGAGUAUAGAAGGCCUACGAGUGGAAAAUCUGAUAAAACCAAAAAUAUAUCUCUUACUUAUACAAAUGAAUAUGAGAAUAUAGAUGUCAAGUAUCAAAUACAACAGAAAGCAGAUGAACAAAGUGAAAACAAUUCAGUACCAACUACUUCAAUGGAGUACCCUAUUCUUCAUCACACUAAUACCGAGGACCCUAAAAUGAUAAUUAAGAAACCAAUUCAUGUGAAUGAACCAAUAGAAAUUGUUGUUUCAAGCGAAGAACAAUACAAAGCUUUGAUGUCAUCCACUCAUUCUAUUAUAUUUGAAGAACCGAAUAAAACACUGACAGUUCUAACAGCACCCCAAACUUCUACACUUGAAGGUACUACUAUUGAUCUUGAUAAUACUCAAACGAAUGAUAUGAUGAUAAUUCAAGAUAAUUAUCCAUUAAAUGUAACUGAAACUGUUUCUACUGAUAAUAACAAUAUUGUUGUGGUAUACAGCCACCAAGUAGAUGAUUCAAGUAAACAAUUCCAAUAUAUACCUACUCAGGGUAUUGAGGCACAAUUCAUACAGUCUUCAGCUAUGGUGACCCAAAAUUAUGGUACUGUAACUACAUCCACUCCAGUUAUGAGUGUCCAAGCAUUAGACAGCAAUGUGAAUGAGUCAUGGCAGAAUAGCCUUAAAGGAAAUGUUGAAAGUGUACCAAUUCAGGUAGAGCUGCAACAACAUGCUGAAGCAGAUUCAAAUGCACAGCAAUUGAUUGGAGACCCACAAAAUUCAUCAGAUAUCCAAAGUACUCAAGAUAUUCUUUCCUCGGAAGACCCUUCAGAUUUGGACACCAUCAAUGAGACCACUUCCCAGACAUGCUUACAAAAUACAAAUAAUACUAAAACAGUUAGUAUGGAUCAAGUAUUAAUAAAUGAAGUCCCGAGUGUACCAACCACAAAUGUGCCUAUAACAGAGCCAAGUGAGCAAUUGGUACAUAAAGAAAUACAAACCGAAAGCAUAGAUAUUGUAUGUUCAAAGCAAUUAGACAUACCAGAAAAUAGUGUGAAAAAUAAUGGACAGAUAAGUAUAGUUGUAGAAAAAGGUAAUGAAAACAUAAUUGUUUUACAACAAAAAGUGGAAGAGAUUGAUAUAAAUAGUGAUGUGAAUAUAAUAGCUCAAGAUGCUUCAGUUAUUCAACAAAAUUUUAUUACAGAAGAAGCUGAUAUGAGUAAUGCCUCCAGUAUUGUUGAGGUACCAACAAACACCAUAGAGGGAAGACCAAAACAAUCUGAUAAAAUACUGCCUGAUGUAACAUCUAAGUGGACUGCGGUUGACAAAGGAAAGAUGAUAGCAGAUGUAGACACUAAUGUCACAGGUUCAGCAUAUAUAGAAGAGUCUAUUGAAAAUAUACAACAAGAAAUGGCCAAACAAUUACAAGCCAUUACAACCGAAAACACAACAAUACAGAACACUGAACCUGUAACUACAUCUACCACAAAAAAAACUGAAGUAGAAAAUGAAUCAGUUAUAAAAGAAUUGAAUAUAGAAAAACAUUCUUCAUCUUUAGGUUUAGAAGACAAUGAAAUCGCACCUGAAGAAACCAACAAAAAAGUGCUUGUUUCACAAACCAAAGACAAGGGAAUCCCUGAGUCAAUACCAAUAACAAUUGUAGAAUCUACAUCCACUGAUGUCAAUGGGGGGUCAUCAAAUAUCACAGAUAAAGAAGAAAUCAGUGGAAAAAAUAUUCAAAAGAAUGUGGUCACUGCAGCGGAGACUGAAAUUAAUUCUGCAGAUAUAAGUGACCCCGCAGACAUACCUCUGGCAUCUGAACACAAAAAAAUAGUCAACAAUGGCAAAGACAACAAAACCGAAGGAAACACAAUAGAAAAAAAUCAUACAAAGCCACAACAGCGGCCUGUUAUAUCACUAAAUAAUAAAGCAAGAGAGAAAAUAAAUACAAUACUAAAUGAUUGGGAUGAUAAUGAUGAUCAGGAUGAUGAAAAAGAUGAUUUGAUAACUGAAAGUGAGUUAAAUGUAGCUAAGAAUAAUGAUGAGAUUGUACAGGAAGAAAUGAUACCAGAAGUGAGUACUGCACAAGAAACAAUUGUAACACCUCCAGUUAAAGUAGCUGGUAUCAGUAAUGACAAAAUAAAAAGCAUUUUCGACUUUGAUAAGUAA